GCCCUCCCGGCGAAGGAGGCGGGCUUUGGCCUCUGGCCCUCGGCGGCGAGUGCGGAGCGAGCGUGCGGAGCGAGCACGGCCCGAGCGCGCAAGUAGUGGUCUGGCUCCCCCGGCGAGGCCCAGCCGCCGUCCGUCGCGCCGCCCCAUGAGCUCGUUGCUCCGCGAGCAGCCCCGGCGUCGUUAGGCCGUCGCUGCCUCUCCCUCCCCUCGCUCCCUCCCCGGGACGGGCGGCGGCACCACCCACCUCACCCUCCACCCCGCGUCUGGCCGGGGACCCGACGGACCUCGUGUCGUAAGCGCCUUCCCCAGGCCCGUGUCGCGCUGCGACCCUGGAAGCGGGCGCCGCCGCCGCCGCCGCCAACGGGAGGAGGAGCCCCGGCCGCCGCGGGCCCCAGCAGCCACCGAGGCAGCAGCAGCGGCAGCGGCAGCAGCAGCCCCAGCAGCAGCAGGAGCAGCGGCAGCAGGCGGGAUCGAGGCCGGCAACAUGGCGAGCGCUUCGUACCACAUCUCCAACUUGCUGGAGAAAAUGACAUCCAGCGACAAGGACUUUCGGUUUAUGGCGACAAAUGACUUGAUGACAGAGCUGCAAAAAGACUCCAUCAAGCUGGAUGACGACAGCGAGAGGAAAGUGGUGAAGAUGAUUCUGAAGCUGCUAGAAGAUAAGAAUGGGGAAGUACAGAACUUAGCUGUCAAGUGUCUUGGCCCUUUAGUGAGUAAAGUAAAAGAGUACCAAGUGGAGACGAUCGUCGACACCCUCUGCACAAACAUGCUUUCUGACAAGGAGCAGCUUCGGGAUAUUUCCAGUAUUGGCCUAAAAACGGUAAUUGGAGAACUUCCUCCGGCGUCCAGUGGCUCCGCACUAGCUGCUAAUGUGUGUAAGAAGAUUACUGGACGCCUGACCAGCGCAAUAGCAAAGCAGGAAGAUGUCUCUGUCCAGCUUGAGGCCUUGGAUAUUAUGGCAGAUAUGCUGAGCAGGCAAGGAGGACUUCUUGUAAAUUUCCAUCCAUCAAUUCUGACCUGUCUACUCCCCCAGCUGACGAGUCCUAGACUUGCAGUGAGGAAAAGAACCAUUAUUGCUCUUGGCCAUCUAGUUAUGAGCUGUGGGAAUAUAGUUUUUGUAGACCUUAUUGAACACCUGUUGUCAGAGUUGUCCAAAAAUGACUCUAUGUCAACAACAAGGACCUACAUCCAAUGUAUUGCUGCUAUUAGUAGGCAAGCUGGCCAUAGAAUAGGUGAAUACCUUGAGAAGAUAAUUCCUUUGGUGGUAAAAUUUUGUAAUGUAGAUGAUGAUGAAUUAAGAGAAUACUGCAUUCAAGCUUUUGAAUCAUUUGUGAGAAGAUGCCCUAAGGAAGUUUAUCCUCAUGUUUCUACCAUUAUAAACAUUUGUCUAAAGUAUCUUACCUAUGAUCCAAAUUACAAUUAUGAUGAUGAAGAUGAAGAUGAAAAUGCUAUGGAUGCUGAUGGUGGAGAUGAUGACGAUCAAGGGAGUGAUGAUGAAUACAGUGAUGAUGAUGACAUGAGCUGGAAAGUGAGACGCGCAGCUGCUAAGUGCCUGGAUGCCGUAGUUAGCACAAGGCACGAAAUGCUUCCAGAGUUCUACAAGACCGUCUCUCCUGCACUGAUAUCCAGAUUUAAAGAGCGCGAAGAGAAUGUAAAGGCAGAUGUUUUUCAUGCGUACCUUUCUCUUUUGAAGCAAACUCGUCCUGUGCAGAGUUGGCUGUGUGACCCUGAUGCAAUGGAACAGGGAGAAACACCCUUAACAAUGCUUCAGAGUCAGGUUCCCAACAUCGUUAAAGCUCUGCACAAACAGAUGAAAGAAAAAAGUGUCAAGACCCGACAGUGUUGUUUUAACAUGUUAACUGAACUGGUGAAUGUAUUACCUGGGGCACUAACACAGCACAUUCCUGUGCUUGUACCAGGAAUCAUUUUCUCACUGAAUGAUAAGUCCAGCUCAUCGAAUCUGAAGAUUGAUGCGCUGUCGUGCCUCUACGUAAUCCUCUGUAACCACUCCCCUCAAGUGUUCCACCCUCACGUGCAGGCGUUGGUCCCCCCGGUGGUGGCUUGUGUUGGAGACCCAUUUUACAAGAUCACCUCAGAAGCCCUUCUCGUCACUCAGCAGCUUGUCAAAGUGAUCCGCCCCUUAGAUCAGCCUUCCUCCUUUGAUGCAACCCCUUACAUCAAAGAUCUGUUUACCUGUACAAUUAAGCGGUUAAAAGCAGCUGACAUUGACCAGGAAGUCAAGGAAAGGGCUAUCUCCUGUAUGGGACAAAUUAUUUGCAACCUUGGAGACAACUUGGGGCCUGACUUAUCCAAUACACUUCAGAUCUUCUUGGAGAGACUCAAGAAUGAAAUUACCCGGCUAACUACAGUGAAAGCGUUGACACUGAUUGCCGGGUCACCUCUGAAGAUAGACUUGAGGCCUGUCCUGGGAGAAGGAGUGCCCAUCCUUGCCUCAUUUCUCAGGAAAAACCAGAGAGCUUUGAAACUGGGGACCCUUUCGGCCCUGGAUAUUCUAAUUAAGAACUAUAGUGACAGCUUGACGAGCGCCAUGAUUGACGCGGUCCUAGACGAGCUCCCUCCUCUCAUCAGCGAAAGUGAUAUGCAUGUUUCGCAGAUGGCUAUCAGCUUUCUGACCACCCUGGCAAAAGUCUAUCCCUCUUCCCUUUCAAAGAUAAGUGGAUCCAUACUCAAUGAACUGAUCGGACUUGUGAGAUCGCCUCUACUGCAGGGCGGCGCUCUUAGUGCCAUGCUAGACUUUUUCCAAGCCCUGGUUGUCACCGGAACGAACAACCUAGGCUACAUGGAUUUGUUGCGCAUGCUGACUGGUCCAGUUUACUCCCAGAGCACAGCUCUGACUCAUAAGCAGUCUUACUAUUCCAUUGCCAAAUGUGUAGCUGCCCUUACCCGAGCAUGCCCUAAAGAGGGACCUGCUGUAGUCGGUCAGUUUAUUCAGGAUGUCAAGAAUUCAAGGUCGACAGAUUCCAUUCGUCUCUUAGCACUCCUUUCUCUUGGAGAAGUUGGACAUCAUAUUGACUUAAGUGGGCAGUUGGAAUUGAAAUCUGUAAUUUUAGAGGCUUUCUCAUCUCCUAGUGAAGAAGUGAAAUCAGCUGCAUCCUACGCAUUAGGCAGCAUUAGUGUAGGCAACCUUCCUGAGUAUCUGCCAUUUGUACUACAAGAAAUAACCAGUCAGCCCAAGAGGCAAUACCUUCUGCUUCAUUCCUUGAAAGAGAUCAUUAGCUCUGCAUCCGUGGCAGGCCUUAAGCCGUAUGUCGAGAACAUCUGGGCCUUGCUGCUAAAGCACUGUGAGUGUGCAGAGGAAGGCACCAGAAACGUUGUCGCUGAAUGUCUAGGGAAGCUCACUCUUAUAGAUCCUGAAACGCUCCUUCCUCGGCUUAAAGGGUAUUUGAUAUCAGGGUCUUCAUAUGCCCGAAGCUCAGUGGUUACAGCUGUGAAGUUUACUAUUUCUGAUCAUCCUCAGCCCAUUGAUCCCCUACUAAAGAACUGCAUAGGUGAUUUUCUAAAAACUUUGGAAGACCCAGAUUUGAACGUAAGAAGAGUAGCCUUGGUCACAUUCAAUUCUGCAGCCCACAACAAGCCAUCGCUGAUACGGGAUCUUCUGGACUCUGUUCUCCCGCAUCUUUACAAUGAGACAAAAGUUAGGAAGGAGCUUAUACGAGAGGUAGAAAUGGGUCCUUUCAAACACACGGUGGAUGACGGUCUGGACAUCAGAAAAGCCGCUUUUGAGUGCAUGUAUACACUUCUCGACAGCUGUCUUGAUAGACUGGACAUCUUUGAGUUUCUAAAUCACGUUGAAGAUGGGUUGAAGGACCAUUAUGAUAUUAAGAUGCUAACAUUUUUAAUGUUGGUGCGACUGUCUACCCUUUGUCCAAGUGCAGUACUGCAAAGGCUGGACCGGCUUGUCGAGCCACUGCGCGCUACGUGUACAACCAAGGUAAAGGCAAACUCUGUAAAGCAGGAGUUUGAAAAGCAAGAUGAGUUAAAGCGAUCCGCCAUGAGGGCAGUGGCAGCAUUGUUAACCAUUCCCGAAGCCGAGAAGAGCCCACUCAUGAGUGAAUUCCAGUCACAGAUCAGCUCUAACCCGGAGCUGGCGGCCAUCUUCGAAAGUAUCCAAAAAGAUUCGUCAUCCACUAAUUUGGAAUCAAUGGACACUAGUUAGACGCGUGUUCCACAUGGGGACCAUUACAUUUGACCGCACAAUGCACUGAAUCGACAAGUUGACCAUAGACACGAAAGAGAAGUGUCUAGAAGCUUCAGGAUGUUCCACUGUUGUUUUCCUCCAUGGAGAGUUUGUUCAGCUUUCUUCCAUUGUUGUUUUUAUAGCAUUUACUUCAGAAAUCUGUAUUUCCAUAAUCCAGAGAUUGUAAAACCACUAAUGUGUUAGUGGUUAGGGCAACAUUUGAAAUGGGAACUAAAGUUAGGAUUUAUGGAAUGGGGAGAUAGGGUCCAGUAUCUGUUUGCCCUGUAAUGUGUAGGAUUAAAAUGUUAAAAUUUUGUGACCAUGGA